AUGCCUCCCCCCCCCCCAACGCCCCCCAAGCAUCAAUUACCACCCCCCAUCUUCCCCCAAGCUUUCAAGACCUCCUCCCAUGUCGCCCCGCCAACUGGCCAGUUUAUAAGUCGCGUGAUGCCCCCCCUGAGGUACUGCAAGACCACCCCCCUAUGCUCCCCCGGUACCCCCCCAAUACCCCCCGUCCCGGGGCGGUCACGUGUACCCUCAAGUCGCCAUUGCGACUUCGCCGCGCGCGCUGCGCGUCUCAAAGCCCGCUCCCCCGUGCCGUGCACCUCUUCCCCUCCCCUCAUCCCUGGUGCGCUCUCUCCACCUGGCCAUUUGGCCAAGUCCUCCGCUCCCGCCAACUGGCGACCUCCCCCCGGUGACUACGCCCGGCCCCUCCCUGGGCCACGACGCGCCCCCGGGGGCCCCGCCCCGGAGCUAGCGACCCGGGGGACCCUACCCGUGGAGGGGGGCUGCUCGAGGAUCAUAGGGGCGACGUAG